AUGCUUCAAAGCCCUGUGAGAAGCUACAACGAGGCGGACGCACCCACAACUCCUUGCAGGGGCUCUCCGCAGCAAAAGGCUCUCGUCGGAAGCCCGUCGCCUGAGACUUUGUGCCCGCAGCCUCGACGGCCUUUUCCGAACGCUGCUGCACCAUCGCUGGAGCAGCUUGCCGGCAUGCCAGGAACCGAAGAGGCAGCCUGCAGCAAGGAGUUGAAAGAUCUAUGGAGCAGCACAUCGUGGAAGCUUUCGGCAGGUGCUGCAACGCCAGGACGUCUACCCUGGGAGAACAGACCGCUGAGCGCCGUCAGCACGAAUGCAGGUGCAACCCCAAGCUUGGACGACCAAUGUCGCUUGCAGUUCAGCCCGGCUCCAUCUUCUGCUGCUCCGACACCGUCCCAGGACUUUGAGCGCUACAGGGCAAUCCCGCCUUCUCAGGUGCGAAAAGUUUUCGUGGGUGGCAUCCCGCAAGAUUUUACGCAAGAUGAUUUAUGCGAACUGUUCAGCCAGUUCGGGGCGGUGACGAAGGCCUGGCUGCAGCGCCACCGUCAAAAUGACAACGACUUUGGACACGCAUCUUCUCAGCGUUCGCCCAGCCAUCGCGGUUUUGGAUUCGUCAUUUUCCAAGAUGCCAGCAUGGUUGAUGAACUUCUUGGCCCAGAAUCUUCUUGCUUCAUGGAAAUCAAGGAUGGGCGGCGCAUUGAGGUCAAGCGUGCCAAAAGCAGCAACGACAUCAUCGGAGAGAGGCAGACGCCGCAUCCAGAGGCGUCGAAGCAGGCUUGGAGCCUCCAGCAGACCAGGAGUGACCAACCACAUGGGUCCCAGCCCCAACCGGUGCAACGGCCUGUUCAGAGUUCCCAAUUCGUCCCAUGUGCAAGCUUGACCUGUGGCACAGUUCCAGCUGGUGGCUGGUCGCCCAUGGUUUGGACGGGCUCUGUGGCAACAGGCACGGUGCCGCCGGCCUGGGGAGGGAACAACCAGGCUGUGCCUGUUGACACUGCACAGAGCUCACGCAACGCACUAGCAUGGCCGCAGCGCACAGAGCCUGCACCGACAGCGCGAAAUGCUCCUGGUACACCGCAGAUGAUUUGCCAACAGGUGCCACCGUUCUCGUUUCCACAUUGGGCGGGUGGUGCACAGUCGGAGGAAGAGAAGCAGAAGCUGGUGCAGCUGUUGCAAGCUGCUGCGCCAGCGUAUUACGCGGAUUGA